UGUGAACUGUAAAACCGGUCAAACCCAGAACAUAGUAUAUAUGUGAGGAACCUACCAUAUGGAUGGAUGGAGAGAGAGAGAGAGAGAGGUAGUCCUCCAUAUAGACAGACACAGAGAGCUUUGUUGAGAGAGAGAUGGAUAAAUAUGCAGAGGUGAGAGAAGCAGUGGAAGCAGUGGAGCUAGUGGACGCCCACGCCCACAAUCUGGUGGCCCUCGACUCCACCUUACCUUUCCUCAACUGCUUCUCUGAAGCCACCGGCGACGCCUUAUCCUACGCACCCCACACUCUCAAUUUCAAGAGAGGUCUCAGGGAUAUUGCUGAGUUAUAUGGAUCCGAGGUAUCAUUGCGUGGCAUUCAAGAAUACCGCAAGUGCAGUGGACUGCAAUCCAUAAGCUCAUUAUGCUUCAAGGCUGCAAAAAUCGCUGCCAUACUCAUUGACGAUGGAAUUGAGUUUGACAAAAUGCAUGAGAUUGAGUGGCAUAGGAGUUUUGCACCUGUGGUCGGUAGAAUUUUGAGAAUCGAGCGCCUGGCUGAGAAGAUUCUUGAUGAAGGAAGGCCAGAUGGAUCUACCUGGACAUUGGACACUUUCACUGAAACAUUUACUGGGAAGUUAAAGUCAUAUCCUUGCAAAAUUGUUGGCUUAAAAAGCAUAGCUGCAUACCGCAGUGGUCUUGGGAUUAAUACAAAUGUCACAAGGAACGAGGCUCAAGAGGGUCUUGCUGAAGUUUUAAAAGUUGGCAGUCCUGUUCGUAUCACAGAUAAAAGCUUCAUUGACUAUCUCUUUGUGCAAAGUUUGGAGAUUGCCUUACAAUUUAACCUGCCAGUGCAAAUACACACAGGUUUCGGAGACAAGGAUUUGGAUUUAAGGCUCUCCAAUCCCCUGCAUCUCCGCACCCUUCUAGAGGACAAGAGAUUCACUAAGUGCCGUUUGGUAUUUUUACAUGCAUCCUACCCAUUUUCGAAGGAAGCAUCAUAUCUAGCCUGUGUUUAUCCUCAGGUUUACCUUGAUUUUGGUUUGGCUAUUCCUAAGCUUAGCGUCCAUGGGAUGAUUUCCUCAGUCAAAGAACUUCUGGAGCUAGCUCCAAUAAAGAAGGUGAUGUUCAGCACCGAUGGCUAUGCAUUUCCUGAAACUUUCUACCUAGGUGCAAAGAGAGCACGGGAAGUUGUCUUCUCUGUUCUACGAGAUGCAUGUAUUGAUGGUGAUCUUUCCAUUCCUGAAGCCAUUGAAGCAGUCAAAGACAUCUUCUCAGAGAACGCAAAAAAGUUUUACAUGACUAAUCUAGAUUUCACACCUUUGGAUUCGAAGACCAAUGUAUCCACCAACUUUGUGAAAAUAGGGUGUGAUGCCCUACAACCGGAUGUUGCUCUCGUUCGCAUUAUCUGGGUUGAUACUUCUGGGCAGCACCGAUGUCGUGUUGUUCCAAGAAAGCGCUUCCAUGAUAUUGUUAUAAAGAAUGGUGUAGGUCUAACAGUUGCUUGUAUGGCUCUGAUUUCUGCUGUUGAUGCUCCUGCUGAUGGUACUAAUCUAGGUGGUGUGGGUGAGAUCAGACUGAUUCCUGAUUUACCAACCAAGUGUAGAAUUCCUUGGUCAAAACAAGAGGAAAUGGUUUUGGCCGACAUGCAUCUUAAACCUGGUGAAGCUUGGGAGUACUGCCCAAGAGAGGCAUUACGUAGAGUUUCAAAAGUUUUGAAAGAUGAAUUCAACUUGGUGAUGAAUGCAGGUUUCGAAAAUGAGUUUUAUCUCUUAAAGAGUGUAUCAAGGGAAUUGAAAGAAGAAUUCAUACCAUUUGACUCCACACCCUACUGUUCUACAUCAGCAUUCGAUGCUGCUUCCCCUAUGCUCCAUGAAGUUGUAGCUGCUCUCCAGUCUUUGAAUAUUCCUGUUGAACAGCUUCACGCCGAAGCUGGGAAAGGUCAGUUUGAAAUCGCAUUUGGAUACACUACUUGUACUGAUGCUGCGGACAAUGUAGUUUUUGCACGUGAGGUUGUUAGGGCUGUUGCAAGGAAACAUGGGUUGCUGGCCACUUUCAUGCCUAAGUUUGCAUUAGACGAUAUUGGUUCUGGAUCUCAUGUGCAUAUCAGUUUGUGGGAAAAUGGGAGAAAUGUAUUCAUGGCAUCGAGUGAAGACUCUAGGCACGGAAUGUCCAAGGUUGGGGAAGAGUUCAUGGCAGGGGUUUUAGAGCAUCUUCCAUCAAUUCUGGCCUUUACAGCACCAGUUCCGAACAGUUAUGAUCGCAUUCAACCCAACACUUGGAGUGGAGCAUACCAGUGCUGGGGAAAAGAAAACAGAGAAGCUCCACUAAGAACUGCAUGCCCACCUGGAGUUCCAGAUGGUGUUGUGAGCAACUUUGAGAUUAAAGCCUUUGAUGGAUGUGCAAAUCCCCACUUGGGGCUGGCUUCAAUAAUUGCUGCGGGGAUUGAUGGCCUCCGAAGGCAUCUCACUCUUCCUGAACCCAUUGAUACAAACCCUGCUAGCCUUGACUCAGAACCUCAAAGAUUGCCAAGGUCUCUUUCAGAAUCAGUAGAAGCACUUGAGAAAGAUGGUGUUUUCAGAGAUUUGAUAGGUGAAAAGCUUUUGGUUGCUAUAAAGGGAGUACGAAAGGCAGAGAUUGCCUUCUACUCGCAAAACAAAGAUGCAUACAAGCAACUCAUACAUCGCUAUUAAGUUGAAUAUUCCGCCCUUUUGAGAGCAAGGAAUGAAGGUGGUUCUUUUUUCUGUAUUUUUCCACUUUCGUUGUGUUGAAGUCUGGUGUCACAAGACGAGAAAUAACAGCAGCUAUGCAUGUUAGAUUCUAGCAAUUUGUAAUGGUUUUCUCAUAAUAAAGGCUACUCUUUGUGGUUCUUUGGUCCUUCCACUUUUCAUCAAUUAAAAAUUCAUGGUUGUGAUGUAUACCAUUCACAA